AUGCCGCUUAAUUACUCAAAAUGGGACAACCUGGAGUUAUCAGACGACUCGGACAUUGAGGAACACCCAAAUGUCGAUAAGAAGAGUAUGAUAAGAUGGAAACAACGUGAUAUUCAUGAAAAGAGAGAAGCUCGUAAACUUCAAAUCGCAAAAUACAAAUCUGAACUUUCGCUAAAUUCAGUACUUCGUCCACGAAUCGAAGCGAUCGUCAAGGGAGUAUCGGAAAAGGGAUUAGAUCAUUAUCGAUCAGUUCAGAGGAGGUUGAAAGAAAAUCCAUCAGAUGAAAAACCAGAUACUGGAUCUCCUAAUCAACCUACAUACGAUAUGAUGAUUUCCCAAUUGCUCUCCGACGUAUAUCGGGAAUCAUCUUUCAUAGUAGAUGGAGCCCAGAUCUCUAAAGGUGGGGUGGUAUUGGAUAAAGAUGGAAAGGCAAUUAAUGGUACUUCCGAACAUAAAAUACCUGAAUGGGCCAAUGAGAUGAACAUUCCCGAACAGAAAAAGAAAGGGUUGGAGAUUGCUUUGGAACAAAGGCUGAAUUGGCAUAUACAAGAAUUAGAUAAGAGAGAUAAAGUAGUGAAGGAUGAAUUGGAAAAGGAGGAGAAGGAACAAGCAAAGAAGAUUACAAGUGAGGGAAUACAUGAUGGUUGGUCGAAGAGUAUGGUGAAUAAACCUAAACCUAGUCCUUUGGAUGAUAAACCAAAGUUACCAAAGAGUACUCAAAAGGAAAAGACAGAGACGAUCGAAGUGCUGAAUCCUAAAUCUGUUGAGUCGAAACCAGCUGCAGAAGAAGAAAACGACGAAGACGAAGAAGAUUUCGGUCCUCUCACACCUUCAGCAAGAGCAUUUUCCAAUAUCCCUAUCGGCGCAUUCGAAAAGUCUUUCGCAUUCAUUCAAAAAGAUUCAUCGGUCUUGACUGAAUCCACUCACGACUCGCUUCUAGCAGAAGCAUUUGACGCUGAACGACGAGGAGACAAAGACCUGGCUAAGAGAUGCGUACAUCAGAGUCUGUUGAUUAACUAUUGUAGACAAUUGGGUAGGGAUGGUGUAGGCUUGUUCUUUCAAAAGAUGAUUUCACAUAAUCCCAAAUCAAUCGAAAUGUUCUUACAAGAUUUCAACCAGACCUACUCCCGUAUCGCCCAACGUACAGCCGAGAUGAUCGCUGAGGAAGCUGCAGCGGGAGAAAGAGAGCAGAUCCAGCUGGUUGCCGAGGAUCCAUCGAUGGAAAUCGGAUUUAACCUUCCUGAAGGACCACCUCCAGAUGAUUUGAGAUUGGAAGGUGAAGGAACGGAAGAAAUGGAUAUUGAACAAGUCAAAUUGUUCCUUCAGAGGAAAUGGGAUAUAUUCCAAAACUUCCCGGAAAGUUUGAGAAAUGCUUUGAAAACUGAGAAAUUGGAUGAAGUGAAUAAAGUAUUGGGUAAGAUGAAAGUUGCGGAAGCGGAAGAGGUGGUUGAAUUGUUGCAGGAAGGUGGAAUGUUGAGUUUCAGUGAGAAAGGUGUAAGAGAUAUGACACAGGGGCAAUAA